UGGCAACACUGGUGUUCAAAAGUCAAUCGAGGAUGCAGUGAUGGCAGGCGGUGGUAUCAAAUAUUUGCUAAAAAACCAUGGGUUUUAUUAGAAAACUGUUAUUUGGAAGUAUUAAUAAUUGCUUGCGAGCUGGUGCACAACUAGCAAGAGGUCGUAGUGCUGCAGACGCUGCAGCAACGAAGCCUAAAGGCGAGUAAACAGUGGUCUAAUGAAAGACAAAGUGGUGUCCAGAAAAACCACUAGAACUGCUCGAUUUCAAGCUCUGCGAGGGUUUAGACGACCAGCACCAUGUCAGGAACCGCUGGUUCAAGCAGCAGUGCAGCCCUCGGAGGGCUUGGGGGCUCCUUAGAAGACAAGGACUGCGAGCUAUUGUGUCCGGUCUGCUUCGAGCUCAUUGAUGAGGCGUAUGUGACGAGAUGCGGCCACUCAUUCUGCUACGCUUGUAUUGCCAAGAGUGUUGAACAACAUAGACGGUGUCCAAAAUGCGGCGCAGCAGUCGCCAGCCGCGACCACAUGUUCCCAAACUUCAUGCUCAACGAGCUGGUCGCACGGCGGAGGCUGCGCGCCGCUCGGCCUCCCUCGCAGGCCUCCGAGGGGGGCGAUGCGGCGAGGCUACGGGCGUUACUAGCGGCAGAGAGCGCAAGACUAGCUAUGCCUGAUGUCGAGCUUAUGUUAGAGGUGCUAACGCGGCGAAAGCGUCUGCUCGAAGCCGAAUCAGCGGCCGCGCACCACCGUCUCCUGUACGAGUUCCUUGCACAGCUGCACCGGCAUCGUCAGCAGCAGCUCCAACAACUCGCUCGUGAAGCGGCACUUGUUCAAACUGACAUGGAGCACGUGGCCGGCACGCUGCGGCUGCACCGGCAUCGUCAGCAGCAGCUCCAACAACUCGCUCGUGAAGCGGCACUUGUUCAAGCUGACAUGGAGCACGUGGCCGGCACGCUGCGGUCGAGUACAGUGACCAGUACUCCACCGUCUCCUGUACGAGUUCCUUGCACAGCUGCACCGGCAUCGUCAGCAGCAAGCUCCAACAACUCGCUCGGGAAGCGGCACUUGUUCAAGCUGACAUGGAGCACGUGGCCGGCACGCUGCGGCUGCACCGGCAUCGUCAGCAGCAGCUCCAACAACUCGCUCGUGAAGCGGCACUUGUUCAAGCUGACAUGGAGCACGUGGCCGGCACGCUGCGGCUGCACCGGCAUCGUCAGCAGCAGCUCCAACAACUCGCUCGUGAAGCGGCACUUGUUCAAGCUGACAUGGAGCACGUGGCCGGCACGCUGCGGCUGCACCGGCAUCGUCAGCAGCAAGCUCCAACAACUCGCUCGGGAAGCGGCACUUGUUCAAGCUGACAUGGAGCACGUGGCCGGCACGCUGCGGCUGCACCGGCAUCGUCAGCAGCAGCUCCAACAACUCGCUCGUGAAGCGGCACUUGUUCAAGCUGACAUGGAGCACGUGGCCGGCACGCUGCGGGUGAGUACAGUGACCAUACUCCACCGUCUCCUGUACGAGUUCCUUGCACAGCUGCACCGGCAUCGUCAGCAGCAGCUCCAACAACUCGCUCGUGAAGCGGCACUUGUUCAAGCUGACAUGGAGGACGUGGCCGGCACGCUGCGGGAUUUGAAAGCGGGCGCGGCGGGCCUGGCCUCAUUUCCUUCGGAAGACGGCGAGUCCGGACCGGCGUCUGACGCUGUUAGAGCUCUGAGAAAGGAACUAACAGAGCUGGCUGGUUCCGUCUCAGACAGCGCGGCGGCGCCACCGUCGCCGGACGACGAGGAGGGCUUCGCUGGCGCCGCGGGCGAGAACCCGUUACACAACAGCACGUUCAACAGAUGGCGCCGCCUGGUGGCACACUUCGAGGACUUCGUGCAGUGCUACUUCGCGCACCGAGCGGACGAGCUGUACUUCCCCGCGCCCGCUGGCACGCCCGCUCCGCUUGUGACGUCUGCGCCGUCGUUCACGACCGUGGCCUCAGUCACUACCGUGGCUGGGCACGAUGACCAGGUCCCGGAUAACGAUCCUACCAGUAAGAACACUAACUUCCCCGCGCCCGCUGUCACGCGUGCUCCGCUCGUGACGUCCGCGCCGUCGUUCACGACCGUGGCCUCAGUCACUACCGUGGCUGGGCACGAUGACCAGGUCCCGGAUAACGAUCCUACCACCGCAAUAAAACCGUCAUUUGUGAACGGUGACCAACGGUUGCCCGAAAGUUCCCCCACCGAGGCGCCCCGCGCGCCGCCCGCCCCCUCCCCCUCCGCCACCCUCAGCAAGGGGGAGGGCGGGGGAGGGGGCUUAGACGCCUUUAGAGAGGAUCUCGUUGCCUUCACUAGAUAUAGGGCGCUGAGGCCGCUAGCUACACUAUCUUAUUCCAGCGACGCCAUUAAUUAUUCUACUAUCGUAUCUACUAUAGAGUUCGACAAAGAUGAAGAAUUCUUCGCCAUUGCCGGCGUGACGAAGCGCAUCAAGGUGUUCGAAUACGAAGCCGUGGUUCGUGACGCCGUGGACGUGCACUACCCCUGCGCUGAGAUGCAGUGCGCUCAUAAAAUUAGCUGUGUAUCUUGGAACGCGUAUCAUAAGAAUGUGCUGGCGUCAGCAGACUACGAAGGCACAGUAGCGGUAUGGGACGCGGGCACCGGCCAGCGCACGCGAGCGCUACUCGAGCACGACAAGCGCUGCUGGUCGGUGCACUUCAACCGUGCCGAUGUGCGGCUACUAGCUAGUGGGUCCGACGACGCGCGCGUCAAGCUGUGGGCGCUCAACGCCGAGAGAUCAGUGGCAACACUAGAAGCACGCUUCAACGUGUGCUGCGUGCGUUUCAACCCGCGCUCGUCCUGCCACCUGGCGUUCGGGUCGGCCGACCACUGCGUGCAUUACUACGACCUCAGGGCCCCCAGGGCGCCACUGGCCGUCUUCAGGGACCACAGGAAAGCGGUGUCGUACGUGAAGUUCCUCGACGCACGAACGCUCGUGUCCGCCUCAACAGACUCACAACUUAAACUAUGGAAGGUGGAAUCCCCCCGCUGCGUCCGCUCCUUCACCGGGCACGCGAACGAGAAGAACUUUGUAGGCCUCGCGACGGAGGCCAGCGGCCGCUACGUGGCCUGCGGCUCCGAGAACAAUGCGCUGUACGUGUACUACGCGGGCCUGUCCAAGCCCCUGCUCGCGCACCGCUUCGACGCCGUGCGGGGGUUCCUGGAGAGAGGUACCGGUGGCGAGAGGCGGGAGGACGAGCCGUCAGAGUUCGUCUCGGCGGUGUGCUGGCGCCGCGCGCCGCCUUCAGAGAGACAAGUACUCCUCGCCGCUAACAGCCAGGGCACAAUCAAAGUACUAGAACUUGUCUAGUCUGCCUAGGUUUCCUCCUGGAACUAAUGUAAGGUCUUCAAAAACUGUAGGUUUUGAAAGGGUCUUAGAGUAAGGCCCACACGCCACGCUUUUUAAGCUCUCGUGCGAAUGGAGCCUAAGCGUCCUGUUGCACGGUAAUCGCUUACCAUCAGGCCUGUGUGCUUGAUUGUUUAUCGACAUGGUAUGAAAAAGAAACGUGGCCGUAGUUAUGUAGAGAUCUUACAGAAUACACUACCGCAGUAAAAUGGAGACGAUGAGUUCAACCAAAACUUUUAAGAAACAAA